AUGGGAGCUGAAGAGGAAGAAGUCGUGGUCACUCUUUCUGGAGGGGCCCCCUGGGGCUUCCGGCUGCAGGGGGGCUUGGAACAGAAAAGACCCCUUCAAGUGUCAAAGAUCCGCAAGAGGAGCAAAGCCUGCCGAGGGGGCUUGUGGGAAAACGAUGAGUUGGUGUCCAUCAAUGGGAAGCCAUGCGCCAGCCUCUCCCAUGCGCGCGCCAUGCAGAUCAUCGACUCCUCCAACGGCAUCCUCAGCAUUGUGGUUAAAAGGGCGACCAGCGGAGACCCCUCUAGUGCAAGGCUGCUGCGCUCCCCGUCCCCCAAACAGGCCCGAGCGGUCUCACCAGCUUCCCCCUUCAGCCAGGCGACUCAGGCCCUCAGCCCUGAGCCACGGGCCGCUCCCCCCGAUGCCCCACCGCCCCAGCAGCAGUCCCGUCGGCGGCAGGAGCUGGAGACCCUCACCUCGCCCCCAGAUAGCGAAGCCUACUACGCCGAGACGGACAGCGACGCUGACAACGUGGCCCAAGAGAAGCACCGGAGGGCUCGCAAGAAGAGCCCCCGCUCCCCACCGGGGGGUCCCAACAAUAAGGCAGGCGAGCCUCAGGACGAAGUGUCCCUCUCGGAGCUGAGUGGCUACGAGAGCACCCCGGAGGCCGCGGCCCAGACGCGAGAAGGGGGCGAGGGCCCGGUGACCGGAGUGGCCAAGAGGGAGAUCGUGUGCCAGCCGGGCAGCCGCACCGACACCCCUUUCUCGGAGAGCGAGGCCUUGCUGGAGCUCCCCCCACCCGAAGAGCGGGAGCCUUCCCCAGAGGCCCUGCUCCUGCCUCACGCUACCAAGGCCAUCCGCGCCGAGAGGCACCUCAUCCCCAUGGUGGGGCCCGUGGAGCACCCGGUGGACGAAGACCUGACCACCACCUACGCUGAGAAAGCCAAGCAAGCCAAGCUUCACCGCAGCGAGAGCACGCAGGAGAGGAACGCGAGGGAGGCCAAGACCAGGUGCCGCACCAUCGCCUCCCUGCUGACGGACGCCCCCAACCCCCACUCCAAGGGGGUCCUGAUGUUCAAGAAGCGCAGGCAGAGGGCCAAGAAGUACACCCUGGUCAGUUUCGGGAGCGUCGACGAAGACCGCUGCUACGACGAGGAGGAUGGCGUCUUCCCUACCAGCGAGUCGGAGUUUGACGAGGAAGGCUUCUCCGAGGCCCGGAGUCUGACCAACCACUCCGACUGGGAGAAUACCUACCUCGAUAUCGAGGUGCCCAAGGAAAAGUCGCCGCAGGAUCCGCCUCCGCCUCAGCAGGGCCUCAGCGAAGCCUCGGGCAGGGGGGCACAGCUGUUUGAGCAGCAGAGGCAGAAGGCUGGUGGACUCGCCGUGGAGAAGGCCCCCGCCCAGGAGGCCGAGCAACAGCGCCCGGCCCCGGCUCUCCCACAAGCACCCGGCCAAAUGCCGACCCCUCAAAAGGCAGAGAAGGCCCCACUGAAUGUCCACCUGGAAGCUGUCCAGGUCUCCAGCCAGCUGCCCUCGGCCAGCCCUGCUCAGCUCCAGUCUCCCACGGCCACCUUCGGAGGAGGUUCCCAGAUCCCUCCAAGCCCCACAGGGAUCUUCAACAGAUCCGCCCGGCCUUUCACUCCCGGUUUCCCCGGGCAGCGGCCAGUGACUUCCUCCGUUGUGUUCAGGCCCUCCACGCUGAGGAAAAGCAGCGAGGCCCGAGGCGGACUGAGGACGGCUCCAGCUCCGUUCUCACCCGUCCCUCCAGGGACCGCCGGGCCUCCCCCCACUCCAGCAGCAGUGCCGCCCCCCAGCCCCGCAAGUGCUUCGGUCUCCCUGUACGUCCCAGCCACGCCGACCCCUCUGCAGCCGGCAGCAGCCCAUUUCCAAAGUGGGAGUUCAGGGGAGGCCAGGGCGUCUUCCAACGCAGCGAGGACCUCCACUGCCUCCAUCUACCUGUCCAGCCCCUCCAGACCAGCUGAAGAGGCAGCCGCUCCGAAGCCCUCGCCCCAAGCGCAGGGGACAACGUCCUCCUCCUUGUACAUCAGCCCCCUCCCACCGCAGCCCAGCCAGCCGCCCGUCCAGCCACCCGCGGGCACGGUCCCGGCCACGCCACGGCCUGGUUCCGAGCCGCUGGUCUCCAGGGAGCAGAGGAUCGCCGUGCCGGGGCCCCGGACGGGCAUCUUGCAGGAAGCCCGUCGGCGGAACAGCAAGAAGCCCAUGUUCAAGACUGUGGAGGAGAAGAAGAAGAAUUCUCCCAACCCGGAGCUGCUCUCUCUGGUGCAGAACCUGGAUGAAAAGCCCCGGGGCGAGCAGCACGGGGCAGGCUUCGAGUCGGGGCCAGAGGAAGACUUCCUCAGCCUCGGGGCGGAAGCCUGCAACUUCAUGCAGCCUUCCGCCCGCAAGUUCAAGACCCCUCCCCCGGUAGCCCCCAAGCCCCAGCAGCCCAAGGCCUCGGGGGGGCUGGUGAACGGGUCCUCUCCUGCACACGAGAUCUCCCACCUGAAGGGCAGAGGGGCGGAGCUUUUUGCCAAGCGACAGAGCCGCAUGGACAAGUUUGUAGUGGAAGGCGCGCCGGCCCCGAAGCCCCGCAGCCCGUCCCCGACUCCUUCCCUGCCUUCCUCUUGGAAGUACUCCUCAAACAUCCGUGCCCCGCCCCCCAUCGCCUACAACCCGCUGCACUCCCCGUUUUACCCCUUGGCGGCCAGCAAGUCUCAGGCCCACAAAGCCGAGAGCAGAGUGAAAAAGGCCCCGAGCCAGAAGCCGGGGAUCCAGGCCAUCGAUUUCCUGCGGCACCAGCCCUACCAGCUCAAGUCCGCCAUGUUCUGCUUCGGGGAGACCCCGGGCUCUGCGGUCCAGGCCUCCGUGGCCCAGCCCGCCCAACAGUCCAGCUUAUCUUUCACCCCAGCUAAACAAGCCCCUGUUAAAACAGCCCGGACCUACGAGAUCCGUCGCUUCUCCACCCCCGCCCCGGUGCCAACUUCGGGCAGCCUGGCCCCAACGGUCUUGCCCCCCCGCUCUGCCACCACCCUGGACGAACCCCUCUGGAGGGUGGAAACGGCCCCCACUUCUGCACCCGUCUCCCCAGGCCCCUUCCAGGGCCCCCCCGCCCAAUACCUAAGCUCUCCUGAGCUCACCCAGGCAUACCGGGGGGCCUCCCCAAACCCACCCUCCCUGUCUGCCGGUUUCCAGGUCGCUCGACCCAGGUUCUCUGCUGCCCAGACCGGGAUGCAGGCGCGCAUCUGGAGACCAGGCUCCGGCCAUAAGUGA